AAGAAUUUGAAGCGGGAAACAACAAGUGACGCCAUAUUGGACGCAGUUAUCGUCUGGAACGCCGUGGCGAACAUGAAAUAGUUUCAUGGUUGUAUGCAGCAAUAGCUUGCAUACGUUGUUAUAGCUCAUGAUAUUGGAAAAACGUAUAUAAUUUCGUUAUUGUGGAUAUAUUAAAUUGAGGAACCAUGUUUUAUGCUCACUUUGUGCUGAGCAAAAAGGGCCCAUUGGCCCGGAUUUGGCUGGCAGCUCAUUGGGAUAAAAAGCUAACGAAGGCUCAUGUAUUUGAAACAAAUAUUGACAGCAGUGUGGAAGCAAUUAUGCAACCAAAGGUCAAGCUUGCAUUGCGUACAUCUGGUCAUUUGUUACUGGGAGUUGUCAGAAUUUAUUCUCGGAAGGCCAAGUACUUGUUAGCAGACUGUAAUGAAGCUUUUGUCAAGAUCAAGAUGGCCUUCCGUCCGGGUGUGGUGGACCUGCCGGAGGAGAACCGCGAGGCUGCCGUGGCCGCCAUCACCCUGCAGGAGAACUUCCACGACUUUGACACCACCUUAGCUGAUCUCAAUGACCUUGACAUGCACGCCCAGUUUUCUGUCAACCAGAGUCGUCCCGAGGACAUCACGAUGAGGGAGGAUUUGUCCAGUAUAGCCUUUGUUGGCGACGAUGGGUUUGGUGAUGUAGGGUUUGAUGACAGAGAAAUCCUGCGAGAUGCGUCAGGCAUUGAUGACUCCCUGUACACCAAUCGCAGCAGUAUUCGACCAGUGGAGCCUGAUGAAAAGACACUGAACGAGCACACGUCAGAGAAACCGAUGGACGUGGACUUACAUCCAGCCGUGGAUGCUGAUGAUUUUGGCGGGGCCGUGGAUGGGGGAUUUAUGGAUGAUGACCAUGAACAUGAUGAUGAUGACGAUGAUGACGGUGGGUUUGGAGGAGGGGUGGAUCAAGAAUUUUUUGGGAAUGACUUUAUGAAUGGAGGUGGCUUGUUUGAGGAUGCUCCUUUACCAGUCGGGGAAGUCUCCAUGCCAGCACCCGUGGAAGAACAAAAGCCAGAAGAACCAAAAGAUGCUUCAAGCAACGUAACAACAAACACCACAUCAGCCACAGAGCCCACCAUGAUUCACCAUGCACCGGGAACAUCAGGGGAACAAACCACCCUCAUCAAUAACGAAGAAGAGGCCUUUGCCUUACCUCCCUUAGAUGCCACAGUCUUCCCAGGAGCAGAGAAAAAGAAGAGGAAGCGAAAGUUGAUUGUAGAUGAACAGAAAGGAUUCCCUAGUGAGACCAUGAAGCUUCAGCUGUCGGAUACCUCAGACAUCAUUACCACACUAGAUCUAGCGCCUCCCACUAAGAAACUGAUGCACUGGAAGGAAACUGGUGGCGUGGAAAAAUUGUUUGCUCUUCCUGGCAGACCAAUUAUUUCCAAAACUGCUUCUAAGCUUUUCUCCCGGAAUCUGAUCACGCGACAAGUGAAGGAGGAGGAGGAGUCCGACCAGGACAAGCUGGAUCUGGAGGCCACGGAGAUUCUCCGUGAGGAACAAGAGAGAUCUGCAGCACCGAUUCAGGAAGUUAGCACUAUCAUAGAAGAACCAUCGGUCCUAGAUGAAUCUGCCACAACCACACGAACAAAACGAAGGGAGCGACAGUCCCUGAAGUCCCCCAAACCAGUUCCUACCCCAUCCCGAGAACCCGACCUCUCUCUGAACAACACCACGAACCCCUUCUCAAACACAUUUACAGAGGCUCCCAUAGACCUACCAGGGGGGCCGCCGUCCCUGCUGAACCCACAUCUAGAUCCCUAUGAGACGGAGCCACCCUCAAUAGCCCCAUUCUCUGUGCCCCCUCCCAGUGUCCCCCCACAGUCAGUGGCCCCGCCAUCAGUACUUCCACACGAUGCACCGUCAUUCAAUGCGGAGGCUGAGAUAGAUACAGAGGCGAUGCCGGAGAAUGAGGAACAGGAGGAGAAGCGAUGGACGAAGCGGACCCAGCUGAUGCAGCACUCACUGGACGUGGCCUUCAGAUACAAGAACACUCUCAGCUUCAAGGAAAUGUCUAGAAACUUGAACCGAAAACAAGCGUGCUCAAAAUUCUAUACACUCUUAGUUCUUAAAAAGUUCCAGGCUAUCCAAGUGCAACAGCCGGAGGAGUUUGGGGACAUUUACAUAGACAAAGGGCCCAGGUUUGGAAUGAUCUGCUGAGGAGACAGGGAAUUUGUAAAUCUGUGUUACUUCUAAACUACAUGUUACUUUUGGUAUAUCAUCUGAUUGUGUUAUGUAAUAGCCUGUGUCCAGUGUAAAACUAGGUCAUCAAGUAAAACCCUUUAUCUCAAUGUGAAGAUUUUUUUUAAAAAAACUUUUGCUAUUGUUAUCCAACUUUUCUCAACUUUGUAUGUGUUUAGAUAUGAACCAACGAUGUGAUAUUUUUGGAAUAUUUUAUGAUCUCUGUACUUUCAUCAAACCUUCUUUGGUGAAUUUUUCUGAUAAAUUUUAUCUAAGUUUGUUUUAUAACUAAUGGGGCACAGUAAUUUGUGUUACUGUUCAUGUUGUGUUCAUAUUAAAAGUUUAUUUUUAGAACAGUUGAGAUUCAAAGGUCAAAGCCACAAAAGAAACAAGAGUUUUUUGAAAGCUAAAACUCAUUUGGACUCAUUAUUUAUGGUAUUUUUUGCUUUCCCCCUGUAAAAUGGCAAUGUAUUAUGUGUCUAGACAUUUAGAUCUGUGGACUCGCUGGAGUUUACCGUUCGCGAGCACUCCACUUUACAAUGGCAGCUUGGCAGAGGUUUUCCAUCUACAUGUUAAUUUUAUGUGUUUUAUUUGGCACAUUUUACUUCACUUCUCAAUAUCAUCUGUAAUUUUAGAGGAAAUGUCAACUUUUAAUCAUAGUUCUUGUAUAAAAUAUAGUAUUGUGCAAUAAAUUCUGAAACAUCAGUA